AAAUAGAGACGGAGACUGAAAUCAAAUCCCUGAUAGAAGAAACCGAGGGCUUCGAUCUCCGACUACUCAUCAUCUUCAGGCUUGUUUGACACUAUAAGAUGGCAAAAUCAGCCAUUGAUGUUCCUCCCAAGGGUGGAUUUAGCUUUGAUCUGUGUAAAAGAAAUGCUAUGCUUUCAAAGAAUGGGGUUCAGCUACCUCCAUUUACGAAGACGGGAACCACCAUUGUUGGGUUAAUUUUUCAGGACGGUGUCAUUCUUGGAGCUGAUACCAGGGCCACCUCCGGGUCAAUUGUGUGCGAUAAAAACUGUGAGAAAAUUCAUUACAUGGCGCCAAAUAUAUAUUGCUGUGGGGCAGGAACUGCUGCUGAUACUGAGGCAGUUACAGACAUGGUCAGCUCACAGCUGCAGUUGCACCGUUACCAUACUGGUAGGGAAUCUAGAGUUGUGACUGCCCUCACAUACCUCAAAAGACAUCUUUUCAGUUACCAAGGUCACGUCUCGGCUGCAUUGGUGCUCGGGGGUGUUGAUUUCACCGGCCCUCAUUUGCACACGAUUUAUCCGCAUGGAUCGACUGACACACUCCCUUAUGCCACUAUGGGUUCUGGCUCACUUGCUGCUAUGGCCAUCUUUGAGUCCAAGUACAAAGAAGGCCUGACUAGAGAUGAAGGGGUGCAGCUUGUUACAGAGGCUAUUUGCUCUGGUAUAUUCAAUGACUUGGGAAGUGGUAGCAAUGUCGAUAUCUGUGUAAUAACUAAGGGCAAUAAAGAAUUUCUGCGGAACCAUUUGAAGCCUACCCCUCGAACCUAUAUCAGCCCCAAAGAAUACUCAUUCACCAAGAAGACAGAGGUUCUGGUAACCAAAGUUACACCUUUGAAGGAGAAGGUGGAAGUCAUUGAAGUUGGAGACGCAAUGGAAGAAUGAUAACUAUCCUAAGAAAUGGAUCCCAACUUUUUCUGAAUUUGUUUUCUAAGUGGGUCUUCAAGUAUUAAUUUAAUUCCUUGCUGAACUAAAUAGAACUUUCCUCUUUUAUAGAGUUCUGCUGUUCUGAUCAGCACUUCAUGUUCUAUUGGAUGGCAGAUACCACAAUUUGUUGUGCUUUGAUGUGUUAUGUUAUACUAUUGGAUAGCUUGUGACCUCCUGAAACUGAGGUUCUGAUAUUAGUUUUGUUAUUUUUGGGGACGAAUAUCACCAGUGCAUGGCUGGCUCCUA